CGGAGCGGUUAACCGUGCGCUGUCAAUGGGGUUGGACCGAGUUUCACCGGGUCGAUAGCAAGCGGAUAUUUUACUGAGAAAUUCCGAGUCCAAACUGGACUAGUCCAAAACUAAAGCAUAUUCAGAUUCAGCAAGGAAGGAUCCUUGCAUCUGUUUUGCUACAGAGGGCCUAGCUUUUGUAUUAUAUUUAUUGCCUGUCCUCUUGUGUUGUGUGGCCGAUCAAGAGUUAUAUAUUUUCAAGUGGUGUGAGGAGCUCCUCCUCUUCAAGCCUCUCCCUCUCAGUCUCAACCCCCUUCAUGGCACACUACAAAUUCACACCCUCCCACCCUCCUCCUCAUCUCAUCUCAUCUCCCAUUGCCCAACCUCACCUGCUCUGUCUUCUUCCCUCUCCAUAGUCCUUAAUCCUCAAGGCCCAACCUCAAAACCUCAGCUAUCUCCACUGAAAUUUCCAAGCUUUGCGCCUCUUCCUCUUGGUUCCUUCAUCUGUCAUGGCAACCAUUGUGUGCCAAGGUUUGCAGUCGUGUCUGGAACCCCAAAUCAUAGAGCCGGUGUCUAUAAGGCUCAAACUGACUUCGCCGAGUCCUGCUCACUUCUCUCAGUUCUUAGAUGUGCCCUCAAAGAGUAGCCUCUUGGGUAAAUCCAGCAAAGGGUCUGAAGUGCAAAAUGAAAACCCCAAGAUGACCCGAAACUUUCUUGCCAAUCCCAUCUCGCCAGUCAACAAGCAAGAUUUUGCCUAUGUCCCUCCUUUGACAAAGAGUCUUUCUUCGAUAUCACUCCACGAGAAAAGCUUGGAGAUGUGCACUGAGGAUCUAGGGAAUGAGACUGGUAUUGUCGACCAUGUCAGCGAAAGCACGGUUCUACCGUCUGUUCUGACCGACGGGUCAAGGUCGGAUCGGAAUUCGCUCAAGCCCCAUGAACACGUCGGGGCUAAGGAACCGAUGCGCCGCAGUUUUCCACCUCCGCUAACUACUAUUAGCGGGGCGAAGUCCCUCCAACUUAGGCCUCACAGAGAAGAUGGAAGGUUGGUUAUCGAAGCCGUUGAGACCCCGUCGAGUUACCCUCAUUUUCGAGCCGAAAGGAGCGACGGCCGGCUUCGGCUAUGUUUCCUGAGAGAACCCACUUCAUCAUGCGUUGAUUCUAUGGACGAUGAGGAGAGAACACUCGAUGAUGACAAGAUGGAAGAUGAUGAAAAGGAUUGGGGAGAAAACGGUGUCUUUGAGGAAGAGGAAGUUGACGGUAACGAUAAGAGAGAUGAUGACUCUGGUGAUGUCACGGGAAUCUUUCAGAGAAGUGGAAGGUGCAAGAAAAGAGAGCCUGAAAAUAGAAGGUUGUCAACUUGGGAGCCAUACUUGGUGGCCACAUCUUGAAGCUUUUUUCUCAUUUAUUUUUUAUGAAUAUCAUCAUGGUUCAAUUUUGUCAA